CUUUUGUUAAGGUUUCAUGUGGAAUUGCUGAAUGCUUUAGCCUUUUCAAGUGUAGAAGAAGUUGAAGAAGCUUACAAAUUUGAAAUUUAUGGCUUUGAAUGAUUCUUAACCUUCAAGUUAGGUUGUUAUGCAAUUGGAUUCUAUUAGAGCUUUUACAUGCGCAUAAAAAGGAAUUAAAAAGAAAGCCUUGAAUUUGAAUUUAGUUUUGGUGGAAUUGUCGAUUUACUGUGGUUUGAGUUUUAUCAUAUUGUAAUUCAAAUGGAAGAAAGGAGGGAGUUAGGAUUUCCACGGAAAAUUGCUUGUAGUUUAAAGGAACAGUUAGCAAGAACCACUCUUAAUAAUGUAAGGUCACAAGGGCAUACAUAUAUAGAGCUUCGUGAGGAACGGAAGUGGUUCAUUUUCUUUUGCACUCUGUGCCUUGGACCAUGUUAUAGUGAUUCGAUGUUACUUGAUCAUCUGAAGGGGAACCUUCACACAAAGAGAUUAGCUGCUGCUAAUCCAUGGCCUUUCAAUGAUGGUGUUUUGUUCUUUGGUAAGUGUAACGAAAAAGAGAAACAAUUGGCUGUUGUAAAAUUUAAUGAAAAUAGGUUGUUGGAAUUUGAAAGCAAUGACAACUACCUUGCUAUUGUGAAAUAUGUUGGCAGUGAAGUUAGUUCCUAUGAAAAGAAUGUAAAUGGUAUUGCAGGGGAUUCAGAUCUGGUGAUUCCAGGGGUGCUAAUCAAGGAUGAGGUCUCUGACUUGAAAGUAAGUUUGAUUGGUUUUGGGAAAAUAGCAGCAAGAUUCUGUGAGAAUGGAGUCUCAAAUAGGUUGAGCAGAAUAUGGUGUGAAUGGUUGGGGAAAGAAGCUCCAAGAAAUGAUGAUAAGGUGAAGGUUCCAAAGCAUGAAUUUGCUGUUGUUACUUUUGUUUAUAACUGUGAUCUAGGAAGAAAGAGUUUGCUUGAUGAUGUCAAAUCACUUUUAACAUCUGGUUCCCCCAUGGAAUUGGUUAAUGUUGUGGCUGCUGGCUGGAAAAGGAAGAAGUCGUUUUCUGAUCCAGAGGAUAUAAGUGAAUCUUUGAGUAAUCAGUACGAUUCAUCUGGGGAAGACUCUUCAGCUUCAAAUAGUGCUUCUUCGAAACUUGCAUUAGAUCGACAUGAUGAUCAGCUUCUGCUCACAAGAUUUAUAUCAAGUAAGGCUGUAAGGCGAGAGUUAAGGUGGCAACAGUGUAUAGCUGCUGAAAGAAUGUGCGAUAUCUGUCAGCAGAAAAUGCUUCCUGAGAAAGAUGUAACAACGCUCUUGAACUUAAAAACUGGAAAACUUGUUUGCAGUAGUAGAAAUGUUAAUGGGGCAUUCCAUUUAUAUCACACUUCAUGCCUUAUACAUUGGAUCCUUCUUUGUGAGCUUGAGACGAUUGAAAGCCAUAAAGUUAAUCCAAUAGUAAGAAGAAGAUUGCCACGGCUUCAACACUCCUCCUUGGACUAUUUCUUGGUUGAUAUGGCCUCUAGCUCCACUGAUGGAUUACUUGACAGCAGGUUCUUCUCUACAAAGAAGAUUAGUGUUCUUCUUGAUGAUAACACGUAUUUGUUAUGGAAACAGCAGGUGCUCUUGGCGGUAAAGGCGCAUAAGCUUCAGCGUUUUCUGGAUAUUCAACAGACCCUUCCUCCACAGUUUAUUUCUGAUGACAGUGGCGGUCAACAUGAAAACCCAGAAUUUGAUCGCUUUGAGCAGCAGGACAGUGCUCUUGCGUCAUGGCUAUUGUCUUCCAUUAGUCAGGCAGUUCUUCCGCAUCUGAUAGUUACCCCAAAACAGUUUCCAUUCUUUCGACGUGCUCUUCAAGUGUUGUCUCUUGAUGAGUUUAAUGUUCAGAAGUCAAACAAGUUAGGGGAAUCUGCACUUGCUUCAGUAGCUCCUGCAUGGCUCGGUCUGCUUCUUGACUGCUUCUGGUGUUACAUGCUGACCAAAAUUCAACAAAGAUAUAGGAGGAAAAAUGGAGCCAAAUGCAAUGAGACGAGGAAGGAUUUGGAGACUAAACCUAUGGGGUUCCUGAGUUCUUCUAUACUCUGCCCUGAGUGCCAAGGUACUGGAAUUGAGGUUGAGGAUGAUAAGCUGGAGAAGCAUGAUAUCUCUCUGUCUCAGAUGUUUAGAUAUAAAAUUAAAGUUAGUGAUGGUCGUAGAGCAUGGAUGAAAAGUCCUGAAAUGUUGGAGAGCUGUUCAACAGGGUUUCAUUUUCCUUCUCAGUUUGGAGAGAUGGUUCAGGAGAAAGUAUUGCCUCUAAAAUUGCUGCAUUUCUACAGCGCCGACAACUGUGAAUGUGGCUCAAGUUUGGUAGGAUGAAUUCUGUGCAGUUGACCUUAUCGUCGAUGUCAGCAAAAAUGCGUAGUGUAACCUGUUAUACGUAUACAGCAGGUCAUGAAUGCAAUGAAUAGUUAGCACUUUUGCAAUAGGAUAUUCUCUUUCUAUUUUCCAUCAUGGAGCUUUGUAAAUAACUGUUGUACAUUGCCGAUAACUGCCUGCAUUGUAAAUGAUCAGGUCGUCAUUGACUUUUAUAUUAGAAAUAUACAGAUA